AACAAUACUUACGACUUGCAGGGCUCCGUAUUUUAAAUAUUGAUGCACGCCACAUGCUUGGCAUUAUAAACAUACCAUUGCUAUUCUUCUCUCAUCUAAUCAUUUCUUCACUUCUUUCUCUCGACUUGCUGAGCUCAUCUCAGAAUGGGUAGAGCUUCUUGCUGUUCAAAGGAUGCAGAUAUCAAACGGGGCGCCUGGACAGCCCAGGAAGAUUUUAUCUUAAGAAAUUACAUUUCAAAGCAUGGCGACGUUGGUUGGAGAUCUCUUCCUCAAAAAGCAGGUCUUAAGCGAUGCGGGAAGAAUUGUAGAUUGCGUUGGUUGAACUACCUCCGUGCUGAUGUUAACCACGGAAAGUUUUCUCCUGAGGAAGAGGAACUCAUUGUUAGAUUGCAUCGCCUCCUUGGCAAUAGAUGGUCUCUAAUUGCAGGAAGACUUCCAGGGCGAACAGACAAUCAAAUCAAGAAUUACUGGAACACUCAUCUGAGCAAGAAGCAACCGGGAGAGAAAAUAAGUCCUCCCUGUACCCGCACAAGGUCGAAACCUGCUCAUCCGGUCGUUCAUCGCGACCUCAGAAUUAAUCCAGUAAAAGCAACAGCAAGGAGAAUAGCAAAGUGCUGCAACAAUUCUGAGAGCAGUUGUAACUACCUGGGAUCGAUUUGUCGAAGAAGCAGUGAGUCACAAUGCAUCGCUAUUAAAACUAGUGGGCAUUCUUCCUCCUCUUAUUUAGUCCACCACCAAAUCCCAGACUCUCAGAAUUUCACAAGGAAUGAGGUUGUUAUGUCUGAGAGUUUAGUACAUUUGAAGCAAAUUUGUUCGCCCAAGUUUGAUGUGUUCCACUGUUCACAAGAUUUGACAAUGGAAGUGUUGGAAGCAAGGUCCAGCAGUGACAUGGAACAGAUGUGUAGCGUGGAUAGUAGUAUGCAACAAGGUAUGACAUUUACAGUUGUUAAUGAGGAAGGAUGGGAUAAAACAUACAAUGAAACGAGAGUAGUUGAUUGGUUAGAUGAAUUAAAAGAUCUAGAGAAGUCAAGCGUUCAGUGGUUAGGCCUACUAAUGUCAGAGGACGAUUUACAGUUUUCAUAACUUUUUACCUAUCUCUAGUCUGUCCAUUACUUUUUUCUUAAUAUUAUUGUAAUGAUCUUCAAGGAAUUGUAUAUUUUUUAUUAAUCAGUGUUUCAAAUCACAAUAUAAGAAC